UUAAAAACAAAAAUAAAAAAUAGCGAUGACGUGUGUAUGUAUGUAUCCUCAAGAAGAAGAAGAAGAAAAUCGAAAGAUCUGAGAGAGAGAGAGGAAGGAAGAUGGGAAUAAGGUUCAUACUGAUGGUGAACAAGCAAGGCCAGACUCGCCUUGCUCAGUACUACGAGUGGCUCACUCUCGAGGAACGCCGUGCUCUCGAAGGCGAGAUCGUUCGUAAAUGCCUCGCCCGCAACGACCAGCAGUGUUCGUUUGUGGAGCAUCGCAACUACAAGAUCGUCUACAGGCGUUACGCGUCUUUGUUUUUCAUGGUUGGUGUUGAUGACGAUGAAAACGAGCUGGCGAUUCUAGAGUUCAUACAUCUUUUGGUUGAGACUAUGGACAAGCAUUUUGGGAAUGUGUGUGAGCUGGACAUAAUGUUCCAUCUCGAGAAAGCUCAUUUCAUGCUCGAGGAAAUGGUCAUGAAUGGUUGCAUUGUCGAGACCAGCAAAGCCAACAUACUUUCACCUAUACAGCUCAUGGACAAAGCCCAUUAAAUUCAAGAGCCUUUGUUCGUUUCCUUUUCAUCCCACUGUUUGUUAAGACAACUUCUGUAAUAUUAUUACUGCUUCACUCUUUUGUCUCUGGUCGAAUCUAAAGAACAAUUUGUUUCUUACAUGCUUUGAAUGGUAGGGGUUAGAGAUGUUAGUU